ACUUCAUGUAUCCCCUGGGAGCCAAUCAGAGGCCCAAGCUAGAAAAGGGUGGAACCUGACUCGCGUAGCCAGCGCCGCAACCGCGACAGUCACUGCUGCAAUCUCCGCCAAUUCUGUCUCUGCCUGGCUGAGAAGAUGACCGUGGGGAGGCCUGCGGGAGCCUCCGACGGCGCUCAGUGGAGCCGUCAGAUAUUUCCCCCCAAAUCCUCCUCAGACACAGAGGCAGAAGAGGAGCUGUCUGGGGAUGGGCUGGUUUUGCCCAGGGCUGGCAAGCUCAGUGAGUUCCUCAGCUCAGAGGAGGAAACAGAUUCUACUUCUGACUCAAGUGGGAGCUUUUACGAGACCCUGCAGGCUCUAAGGCAAAAGGGCAGGUGGUGCCUUUUGGAAUCCCUUUGUCCAUCUGACCCAGGCAGUGGUGAGAGCCUCUCUGAAGAUGAUGAGGACCUGGAGAGUUUCUUCCAAGACAAAGGCAGGGGGAAGCCGCAGGUGCAGUGCCCUCCGUCUCCAAGGUCUGGCUCCAUGAGGCGCUGCAGCUCCUUGAGCAACCUGCCCUCCGACGUUCCCAAGGUUCAGGCUCAGCCACCCUUGGGCUCCAGGCCUCCCUCCCAGCACAGAAGCAUCAGUUCCUGGGCUUCAUCCAUCACCGUCCCUCAACCGUUCCGCAUGACGCUGCGUGAGGCCAGGAAGAAGGCCCAGUGGCUGGCCUCUCCUGCCUCCUUUGAGCAUGAGAGGCAGCAAGCCCAGAAGCAGGGCCAGGAGGAGGCCGAGUGCCACCGGCAGUUCCGGGCACAGCCUGUGCCUGCGCACGUCUACCUGCCCCUCUACGAGGAGAUCAUGGAGCGCAGCGAGGCCCGAAGGCAGGCAGGGAUCCAGAAGAGGAAGGAGCUGCUUCUCUCUUCCUUGAGGCCCUUCAGCUUCCUGGAGAAGGAGGAGCAGCGAAAGAAAGUCGCUCAACAGAGGGACUUGGCCACCACAGUUAAGGCCAAAGUCCCCAGGCAGAAGGCCACCAGAAGGAUCCCCAAGUCCAUUCUGGAGCCAGCCCUCGGGGACAAACUCCAGGAAGCUGAGCUCUUGAGGAAAAUUCGCAUCCAAAUGAGAGCCCUGGACAUGCUCCAGACAGCCUCCUCCCCCAUCGCCUCCUCCAGGAGCCGGACUGACCCACGGCCUCGAACAGCCUCCCGAACCCAGGAGGAAAAGCUUGGCUUUCUGCAUACUGACUUUGGAUUCCAGCCUCGGGUGAAUCCUGCUGUUCCUGACUAUGAGGGCCUUUACAAGGCCUUCCAGAAAAGAGCUGCCAAGAGAAGAGACACCCGGGAGGUGACUCGCAACAAGCCCUUCUUGCUGAGAACCGCCAGCCCGCGUCGCACUCAGAGGCCCUGUGAUGCCGCUGCCUCUGAAGGAAGGAGGGAAUCUCCACAGCCACCUGCCACACCCCUGCCAAGGAGUCAUUCUCUGAGUGGCCUUGCUUCCCUCUCUGCUAACACCCUUCCUGUGCACAUCACAGACGCCACCAGGAGGAGGGAAUCUGCAGUCAGAAUUUCACUUGAAAAAAAGGACAAAGCAAAUGAGAGUACUCACUGGUUGGAGAUGCACAAAAAGAAGUGUCAAUCAAUAUCUAAAUCCGUGACCUUGCGUGCAAAAGCCAUGGAUCCCCAUAAAAGUCUGGAGGAGGUGUUCAAAGCAAAGCUGAAAGAGAAUCGGAACAAUGACCAUAAAAGAGCAAAAGAGUAUAAGAAAGAAUUGGAGGAAAUGAGGAAGAGAAUACAAGUAAGGCCCUAUCUCUUCGAACAAGUUACCAAGGACCUUGCCAGGAAGGAAGCAGAACAGCGGUAUCGAGACACCCUGAAGCAGGCUGGGCUGGACGAAGACUUUGUGAGGAACAAGGGUCAGGGUCACCGGGCUUUACAACGGAGGGAGCAGUCAGAAGUCCAUGAUUGUCCCAGCAUUAAUGAAACUACAAAACUCGGCAUCAGGAAUCCACAGCAGGAUUUAGAAGAAUCUCUAGAACCGCCUACAAACCCCAAGAAAGAACUGGAGGAGCUGUCUUAGGACUUACCAGAUAAUCUCCGCUUUUGAAUAAUAUCAAGUAGCUAAGUUGGGGUUGAGUCAAGGCAGGCAAAACUUGGGUUUUGAGUCAUGGUUACUUUUGGAGAAUGGGGAAAAGAAAAGUAGAUAACAGAGAAUGGUUCAAGUAAAUCAAAGUGAAGCAGCUCAGUGAAAGAAUCAGAGCUGACUAAGGGUUUUUGCUUUGUGCCUCACACUUAAGCGUAGAGGUCCAGAAAAAAGGGCACAAGCCCAGUACCUACAGGGGCUGGUCAAGAAACAGAUGGGUCGAAACAGCUGGCUGUAAGACAGCAGGAGAUAGCAGAGACUGGAGACUAUCAACCCUGCUGGAAUACAGACCCAGAAUUGCCAGAUAAACCACAUUUUCAACAGAACCAGAAAUCUGCAUGUUGGCAACUAAUUUAUAAAUUACUUGAAAAUAAUGCGUGGGCAAAACAAAACAUUUAUAUAUCAGGUUUAGCCCAUGGGGGAUGACAAGUUUGCAGCCCCUAAUACAGGAUUUCUCAGCCUCAGCACUGUUGACAUUUUGGGCCAGAGGAGCCUUUGUUGGGUGUUGGGAGACGGAGCUAUACACUGUAGGAUGGUUUGCAGUACCCCUGGCCUCUACUCACUAGAUGCCAGUAGCACCCCCUCCCCACUUGUGACAACCAAAAAUGUCUGCAGAUAUUGCCGUAAGUCCCCUGGGUAACAAAAUGUUCUCGGUUGAAAACCACUAUUCUAGUAUAAAAUAAGGUUACUGAAAGCCAAAACUGGCAUUUUAAGAAUAUAAGUAAUUGAUAUGAACUCAGUCUAUGUAGGACAGGAUGAUUAUACAUGUCAUUAACAAAUUAAGAACUAUAAUUAUUUUAUUUUAAACAAUUAUUAAUUCUUUGCUGUUAAUCUGUUUAGAAUGUGCCACAGUGUCCAUGUGUGUAUUGUAUCAGCAUGAGGUUUAUUUUAAUAAAUUUGAAACCUCUAACAGCCAUGA